GCGUGAUGACGUUUCCCCUCGUGUCGAUUGAGACGUAGACUUGUAUGACGUAGCACCAAGACGUGAUUAGCAAGGGGCUAGUGUUGGUACGACGUCUGAAAACAGCCUGAAUUGUGAAAAGGAUCUAUUUUACUCAAUGUCUGAGCAGGGUCUGUGUCUUUUUAGGCAGGCAGAGCAUUUCUGCCAGAUGUGAGGAAUCGAGGAGCUGAAUGGAAAUAUUUGAGGCAGUUUGUGUUUGAGGAGGUUGUAGGUUGUGUACCAUGGGGUACGACGUUACGAGGUUCCAGGGUGAGGUAGAUGAAGACCUGCUGUGUCCAAUAUGUAGUGGAGUGCUUGAAGAACCAGUCCAGGCUCCACAUUGUGAACAUGCAUUCUGUAACGCCUGUAUAACACAGUGGUUUGCCCAGCAGCAGAUUUGUCCUGUUGACCGCACAGUGGUCACUCUUGCUCACCUCCGGCCUGUGCCCCGUAUCAUGCGCAACAUGCUGUCCAAACUUCAAAUCAGCUGUGACAAUGCAAGCUUUGGCUGUACGGCUACACUGAGACUGGACCAGCUGCAGUCCCACCUCAAGGACUGUGAGCACAACCCCAAAAGGCCCGUCAACUGCGAGGCGGGGUGUGGGCUUGAGAUGCCCAAAGAUGAGCAGUCCAACCAUAACUGCAUAAAACACUUACGAAGCGUCGUCCAACAGCAGCAAACAAAGAUUUCAGAGCUGGAGAAAACCGUGGCAGAACACAAACACCAGUUGGGAGAACAAAAACGAGAUAUACAGCUGCUAAAAGCCUAUAUGAGAGCAAUCCGUAGCGCAAACCCCAACUUACAAAACCUUGAGGAGAGCAUCGAGUACAAUGAGAUCUUGGAGUGGGUGAACUCCAUGCAGCCAGCCAGAGUGACACGCUGGGGUGGCAUGAUCUCCACUCCUGACGCUGUGCUGCAGGCAGUCAUCAAGCGCUCUCUCAUCGACAGCGGCUGUCCCCUCUCGAUUGUAAACGACCUAAUAGAGAACGCCCACGAGCGUAACUGGCCACAGGGACUGGCUACUCUUGAAACGCGGCAGAUGAACAGGCGCUACUAUGAGAACUACGUUGCCAAGCGUAUUCCUGGCAAGCAGGCAGUGGUGGUGAUGGCCUGUGAGAAUCAACAUAUGGGGGAGGAUAUGAUCCUGGAGCCUGGCCUGGUUAUGAUCUUUGCACACGGAGUGGAGGAGAUCUGAUAACUGUACAGCCUGCCCAACUGAUCCAGGGACAUUUUGCGCUUUCACUGUGGGUUUUUCUUUCUCUCUUGGAAGUGAAACCUGCGAAAAUCUGGCAUAUUUAAAGUAAAAUCUUAGGCUCACUCCUAAGCUUGAUACCUAUGCCUUAAAGUAAGGACAAAUACUUUCUGAACCUGGCAAAUGUAAACAUAAUCUGAUUGAUGUCUAAGAUAAAAGGUGAGAUCAUGCGAUGUUUACAAGGUUUAUAUUUAGUGCAUUAUAAGAUCUGAUUGUUCUGAUCCUUAUGUAGUCCUAAGCUUAAAUCCCCAUUUAAUGCCCUGAGUUGUAUAAAUGCUUGUAAAUACAAAAAACUAUAUUGAAUUCUAAAUGUAAUACUCAUCACUGUAAUUGGAUUGUUUUGUUUGUUUCACUUCUGUUCGCCGAGCCUGUGUUUAUAUCUGAAGGGACGUCGGCUCCAAAGGGUUUUACGUGCUCGCUUUAGCGUUUAGCUUCCUGUGAAUAUUUCACAAGAUGUCGUGCUUCUGGGUUUAGAUUGUUCAGACCUUUUGUGCCAUUUGUUUAUUUAUUGUGUUGCCUUUUAUGCAAACAUGCUUGAAGAUGUUACUGUUUAUAAAAGGAAAACUUGCCUUUUGGUGGAUCUGCAGUUUAUUACUGAAAGAAAAAAGCUGUUUUCUUUGUUGCCUCUGUUGUACAUGAAGUCUGUUGAGUCCUUUUGAAGUGUUUAAUUUUACGUAUAUCAUUUGAAUAACUUUAAUUUGAAAAAUAAAACUUAUCUUGACUUGUUAGCAGAUUCAGUUUCUGAGCUAAAGAUACUGCUCUUUAGAGUCGGCAAACAUCUCUUUAGUGACACAUCAUGACAACAACACAGCUGGGAGAUUGUGUUUGAAUUCACAAUGAAUACUUGAGCGGAGAAAAAUGUGCCGUUCAUAACUUCCCGCUGUAGUAAGAGAUAUCAGAUGAUGGUUGACCCAAACAAGCGAAUUGUGCCCUUUGCUCUUCUCUUUGUUAACGCAUUUAUUUGUGUUUAUGUACCUCGUUGUACAGGGGGGAAAAAUAAAUGUACAAACUUC